AUGACUGAAGAUGAUACCGUUUUGAAAAAGUCCAAGGUAAUAGGGGUAAUUGGCCUUGGGGAUAUGGGUCUUCUCUAUGCCAGAAGAUUUAGUGAAGCACAGUGGACUGUUAUUGGAUGUGAUCGUGAAGAAUUGUUUGACGAAUUGAGUCAAAGAUACAAACAUGAAAAGUUCUCUGUCAAAAAGAAUGGGCAUUUAGUUUCAAGGGAAGCAGACUAUAUAAUAUACAGUGUGGAGGCUGAAAACAUUGACAAAAUUGUUUCCCUUUAUGGACCAUCUACCAAAUAUGGUGCGAUUGUAGGGGGACAAACAUCAUGUAAAUCGCCUGAAAUCGCAGCAUUUGAAAAACACUUGCCAUCGGAUACACAUAUCAUCUCUUUGCAUUCGUUACAUGGUCCAAAAGUGAACACCACUGGCCAACCCUUGGUAAUAGUCCCUCACAGAACCAAUGAAGCAAGCUUGCAGUUGGUGAAGAGUCUUGUUUCCUGUCUUCAUUCCAAAGUGGUUUCUUUAACGGCACAAGAGCACGAUAGGAUCACGGCGGACACUCAAGCGGUGACGCAUGCCGCGUUUUUGUCAAUGGGUGUUGCCUGGAAAUCAUGCAAUCAGUACCCAUGGGAAACACCCAAGUGGAUCGGUGGUUUGGAAAAUGCCAAAAUCAACAUUUCACUUCGAAUCUUUUCCAACAAAUGGCAUGUUUAUGCCGGGUUGGCCAUCACAAACCCAUCAGCACAUGAUCAGGUUUUGCAAUAUUCAAAAUCUACAACUGAACUAUUUACGUUGAUGAUACAGGGUAAAAAGGAGGAAUUGAAUGAGCGAUUACAAAAGGUUAAGCAAUUCAUUUUCAAGCACAUCAAAGACCAUGAUCUUUUGUUAGAUGACAACAUUUUGGAAAAAUUCUCUUUGAACAAGACGCCUCCUGAGGGGAAACAACCCAACUCUCAUCUUUCGUUGUUGGCAAUUGCAGAUAGUUGGUACAACUUGGGAAUUGUUCCGUAUGAUCACAUCAUUUGCUCAACCCCAUUGUUUAGAAUAUUCCUCGGUGUUACUGAAUACGUAUUUUGUACACCGGGACUCUUGGAGGAAAGUAUAGAGGUUGCUGCCACUGACACAUCAUUUAGACAAGAUGACUUGCAUUUCACCCUUGCCGCUGAGACGUGGGCAAGAAUCAUCCAGUUUGGAAACUUUGCCCUCUACAAAGAUGAGUUCGAAAAGACUCAAGCCUUCUUCCGUCCUAUGUUUCAAGAAGCUAAUGCAAUUGGUAACGAGAUGAUUAAGACAAUUUUGGAAAGAGUUAAAGAAAGAGAAGAGCGGAGUUAG